UAAUAAUAUUGCUUGCACUUUUGGCAGUCGAUUGCACAUCCUUUCUCUUUGCGUCUCGGAUUUCUUCAAUCUUUUCUCUCUCUAGCAAACCUCAUGGCUUCUGAUGCAGAUAUGGAGGAUUAUGGGUUCGAAUAUUCAGACGAAGAGCCUGAGGAACAGGACGUUGACAUUGAGAAUCAAUAUUACAAUUCAAAAGGUCUGGUCGAAACUGACCCAGAAGGGGCGCUUGCGGGCUUCGCUGAAGUAGUUCGAAUGGAACCUGAGAAGGCUGAGUGGGGAUUCAAAGCUUUAAAGCAGACUGUAAAGCUCUAUUACAGAUUAGGGAAGUAUAAAGAAAUGAUGGAUGCCUAUAGGGUUAUGCUAACGUAUAUCAAAUCAGCAGUAACACGAAACUACAGCGAAAAAUGUAUUAACAAUAUUAUGGAUUUUGUAUCUGGAUCAGCCAGUCAGAACUUUAUCCUCCUGCAGGAAUUCUAUCAAACCACCCUGAAGGCCCUUGAAGAGGCCAAGAAUGAGAGGCUUUGGUUUAAGACAAAUUUAAAGCUUUGCAAGAUUUGGUUUGAUAUGGGCGAAUAUGGGCGGAUGAGUAAGAUUUUGAAGGAACUCCGCAAAUCUUGUCAAAAAGAAGAUGGUACAGAUGAUCAAAAGAAAGGAACACAAUUGUUGGAGGUGUAUGCGAUUGAGAUUCAAAUGUACACUGAGACAAAGAAUAACAAAAAGCUCAAGCAAUUGUACCAAAAAGCACUAUCAAUCAAGUCAGCGAUACCUCAUCCAAGAAUUAUGGGAAUCAUUCGUGAGUGUGGUGGGAAAAUGCACAUGGCCGAGCGCCAGUGGGCAGAGGCAGCUACAGAUUUCUUUGAAGCUUUUAAGAACUAUGAUGAAGCUGGUAACCAUAGGCGCAUCCAGUGCCUAAAAUACUUGGUUCUGGCUAAUAUGCUGAUGGAAUCUGAAGUGAACCCAUUUGACGGCCAGGAGGCAAAGCCAUAUAAAAAUGACCCUGAGGUUCUGGCAAUGACAAAUCUGAUAGCAGCUUAUCAACGGAAUGAGAUUUUGGAGUUUGAGAAAAUCCUUAAGAGUAAUAGGAAGACAAUAAUGGACGAUCCAUUUAUUCGAAAUUACAUUGAAGAUCUUUUGAAGAAUGUCAGAACACAAGUGUUGCUCAAGCUAAUCAAGCCCUAUACAAGAAUUCGGAUCCCAUUCAUAUCAAAGGAGCUUAAUGUCCCAGAAAAAGACGUCGAGGAGUUAUUGGUUUCACUGAUCCUGGAUAAUCGUAUAAAUGGGCAUAUUGACCAAGUGAACCGGCUGUUAGAGCGCGGUGACAGGUCAAAGGGAAUGAAGAAGUACACCGCUAUAGAGAAAUGGAACACACAGCUUCGGUCCAUCUAUCAAACUGUUGGCAACAGGGUGUGUUGAGGUUGCGAUUUCCGAUAGAAAUGUUUGUCAUCUGAGACUGCCCUUUUGGAUUUACUAUUUUGUCAUACUAAUUUGAAACUGAUCUUGCUGUCUUGUUAGAACUUGUGCUGAGUUGCAUACGUUGUGGAUAUGGCAAUAUUUUGACUUUAUAUAUCACAUACAUUAGUUAGUUCAGGAAAACUUAAAUUCCAAUUGAGGAAUGUUUUAGACUGUCGUGCAAUUGCAAUUGUCCAACCUCA